CAGCAUCAACCAUAACAGCAACAACAACAACCACAAUUCCCAUCAUCAGCAACACUUGGACUCCAAACAGGCCACGAUGUUGCUGACGUCUCUACCAACAGCGGCAGCAGCGGCAACAUCAGCAGCAGCAGCCGCAGCAACUGCAACUUCACUAGCAACAUCAGGUGUUAAUGUUCAAAUUACUGGCAAAGGCGUUGUAGCUGCUACUUCGGCCUCUUCUUCUUCAAGUCUAGUCAAUGAUCAUUUAGCCAUGGCAACAACUGGAACUCUAACAUCAUCAGCUCUUAAUUAUCCCUCUAACUUGAGUCAUUUGAAUGGCUUUAACCCCAAAGACAUUAGCCCACCAAUUUUAAUCCCAGUUCCACCCACUGCCAACAAUUCACCCACUAACAGCAACAGCAACAACAACAACAAAAACACCAACAACCAUAUAGAGGAAAUCUUACGUCUACCGCACAUACAAGUUAAACAAGAAUUCAUGGAGUGUGGCAUGGAAAAUUACACGCAAAAUCAUCAAACAUCAGCUUUGGGUCCAACAACAAGCUGUCGCCCGGCAAAAACAACAAUGUUAAAUCCAUGGUAUUUAAGGCCACCCGAUGGCGGCUUGGCCUAUCAACAUAAUAAUUAUAAUAAAAAUAGCAACAAUAAUAAGGAUAUAACCGUGCAACAGCUGAUGUUGCCGUUUCUAAGAGAUGGCGGAGCCACAGCAGAUGGAGCCGGGGGUAUAGGGCAGACAUGUCUGCCAUAUUUCGGUUCGACGACAACAUCUGUCAAUUCAAAGCUGGAGAAAUCCCUGCCAGACUUUCUAAUGCCAUUGCAUGAAAUUAUGUUCCACCAUCAUCAUCAUCAUCAGCAUCAUCAGCAUGCCCAAGAAUAUCAACAAAGGACAUUAAUUAAUGCCCAAAACAAAACAGAGACGUUACCAGCUACCAUUCAGUCAUUAAACCCACCAGUCAAACAGCAGACUUCCCCAACAUCAACUCCAACUACGGCCCCUCCAGCAGCCGCACCAGCCCUUCCUGGUGAACAUUUGUUCGUUCAACACUUUCACGAAAGGGAUCGUCUCAUACGCGAACAUCAACUCAAACAGCAACGUCUGCGCGACGUAGAGGACGAGGAGGAGGAAGUGACGGAGCAACAGCAGCCAGACCAUCAGGAUACAGAGCAGGAAAUCGAGUUUGAGCAUAACAACCAUCAUUGGGAUGGCGUCAUCUAUGAUGGUCAUCAUCAGCAUCAUCAUCGUCAUAACCAUCAUCAUCAUCAUCUUCAUCAUGCUAGCAGCAAGUUACUCGAUGCUUUGCCCCCAAUGUCCCUGCCUCUGCCUUCACUUGCCAUGGUAGACCAGCGACCAACGACAUCUCCAUCUCAUCCUAACUCAACGAAGGACCUCAGCAUUUACGAGCUGGCUAGGCAACAACAGGAACUACAACAGGAGCUACCAAAUGGGCAACGUUUUGUCGUUGCCUGCAGCCCGAAGAACAAAGUUUUGCGACACAUGUCCAAUUCACCAACUCCGCCAUCACCUCUGCGAUCUGUAUCAGAUUGCGGCAAAAGCUAUGAGGAAGAGGAACUGUUGGAUGAUUGUGAAAUGCCGCAAAAUUUGAGUAGCAAACGAAAGGCUAGACCCGCUGAGCAUGAAAUCACUGAGCAAAAUCAAGUCUUAAAUCUAGCCCCGCCGAUGAAGAAGCAAAAGGCCGCCAAUGAUCAUGAAGUACAGUCAUCGACGCCAAGUGCAGCAGCAGCUUUAGUUGGUGGCAUGAUGGAUGUACAGUCACCAUUGUUGCACAAUGCCAUGCCCAAUUUUGCACCCGAAGAAAUGCAUCAUGCCCUGCAAAUGCAAAUACAAAACUACAUAGAGAUGGUCCGUCAAUUGGCGCCCGAUUCGUUUCCACAUCCCCAAUUGGCCACACAAUUUCUGUUGCAGAAUUCGUUGCAAGCUUUGGUACAGUUUCAGGCACUGCAACAGCAAAUCAAACAACAGCCACAACACCAACAAGCAGAACCACACUACUCCACGCCAUUGACCAAGUCGCCACGCCGCAGUCCUUCACUUAGUCCAGUGCCAAGAAGUAGAGCGAGUGUGGGACAAGAUGAGCAGCGAACACCGCCAAAUAGUUUGGUUCAGAAUCUGAGUAACUCUGGUCUAAUGACACCGAAUACCCCAAGUAUGCAACAGUUGCAUUCCCAUCAGGGUCAGAGCACUCCAAAGCCCACGGGCCUAACUGUUGCCUCAAUGGCAUCGAUGGCCAAAUUGGAGCAAUCGCCCGAAGAGACCACCGAUCUGGAGGAACUGGAACAGUUCGCCAAAACCUUCAAGCAGCGGCGCAUUAAACUUGGCUUCACCCAAGGCGAUGUGGGCUUGGCCAUGGGAAAACUCUAUGGCAAUGACUUCUCACAGACCACCAUAUCCCGUUUCGAGGCAUUGAACUUGAGUUUUAAGAACAUGUGCAAACUGAAACCUUUGCUCCAGAAAUGGCUCGAAGAUGCCGACACUAGUGUGGCCAAGUCGGGAGGCGGUGUCUUCAAUAUCAACACAAUGACCAGUACACUGAGCAGCACACCCGAAAGUAUUCUCGGACGACGCCGCAAGAAACGCACUUCGAUUGAGACCACAGUGCGUUCCACUUUGGAACAAGCUUUCAUGGUGAACUGUAAACCCACCUCGGAGGAGAUCAAUCAAUUGUCGGAACGCCUUCAUAUGGACAAGGAGGUGGUUCGUGUCUGGUUCUGCAAUCGUCGACAGAAAGAGAAACGCAUUAAUCCCUCCCUCGAUCUGGACAGUCCAACGGGCACUCCACUGAGUAGUCAUAGUUUUGGUUAUCCCACACCUCAGGCCCUUAAUAUGUCGGCGCAUGUUCAUCUAGAAGCCGGUUCCGGUUCACUCUGCGGCAGUUCCAUUAGUUCCGGCGAAUGAAUCAAUCGCUGCAUCAAUUGAUCUUGUAUAUAAUUCCAAUAUUACACUCCAUAUCCGCAACAUUCCCCCCUCCAGAAUAGGAAACCAACCAAAACUAAAGUAGAAAUCUAGGCGUAUCAGCAAAUAUUUGAAGAAAAUCCAUUACGAAUUUAUGAAUACAUAUUUAUAUCCGUAUUAUUAGAAAGAGUUCCUCCUAAUUCUAUAAAUGUACGUAUUUUAGAUGUUGUAUGAUCAUCAGCCAGUAGCUCAUUAUGCCAAUCCGAUUCAUAAAUAUGUAUAAUUUUAGAAUACAUAUUAAAUAUUUAUAUGUAUAUUCAAUAUAUGAAACUAUUAUGUGUAUACAGAUAUUGUUGUACGAUGUCCAAAUUGUAAAUUGAUCUUAAUACUUAGAUCUAAUUAUUAUAAAAUACAAAACAAAAAGA